AUGGAAAUAUGGAAACACAGGUUCAUGCACAGUGGACACCAGACAGUUUAUGGUCCGAAGGAUUGGGUCCAAGUCUCACGUCACUGUGGAGAGAGAGCCCAGUCUCCAAUCAAUAUCGAUACUGUCCACAGAAAUAGUUUUGAAAAAUUAACUUUCCUAAAAGGGUUCAGCUUCAAGAUUGCAAACAUGUGGAGAAGUCUGAGAGGCAAAUUAUUCAACAAUGGUCAUGCACCUACCAUUAAGAUUGAGGCCGGUUUCGGUCUACUCUCUGGGGGUCCCUGGGGAAGCGCCCGCUAUAGGCUUGCUCAACUUCAUCUCCACUUUGGUUGUAAGUCUAACCCAGGAGGUUCAGAGCAUACUCUAGACGGUAUGCCAUUCUCUGGCGAGCUUCAUUUGGUGUUUUAUAACAUAAAGUACGCUAACUUUGACGCUGCCGCUGACAAGCCAGAUGGUUUAACUGUCAUCGCCGUCUUUCUGGAGCAAAAUCGUUUGGGCGUAUCAAAUCCGGAACUUGGGAAGAUAGCAAAUUUGUUGAGGAACAUGGCCAGAGGCGAUCGAGAGGAAAACGAAAGGAAUUUACUGGACCUAAAUCUGUACUCUCUGGUGCCACAGCUGACGGAUCUGUCCAUGACACCAUUUUUCUCGUACAAGGGAUCUCUGACAACCCCUCCCUGUUAUCAGUCUGUUAACUGGAUUGUACUCGGUCAGUUCAUCCCGGCCAGUACCUACGUGAUGGACGUCAUGAGAAGUCUGCGAAAUCAAGAGGGACACUCCUUGUGCAACGGUUCCAGGCCCCCUCAACCGCUAAAUGGCCGUGUCAUUCGCGGGUACAUGGGAUAGCUGCUUACGAGUUCAUAACAACCACUCUGCUUUAAAAGACGUAUCACCAUUUCUUUCUAAGCAUUCUGAAACAUUAUAGACCGGCUGCGACAAAACGGAAAAAAGGAUUUCGUAAAAGGACAAAAUGUGCAACAUUUUCAUUUUCAGUCAUUUCAAGAGUAAAUACGCUUGUGUUUUUCAACUAACCCCGUUCCCACCGAUAACGUAGCUUCAUCUUUCUGUAUAGCCCCCACUAACGCAGCCUCACAGUUUCUUUAGAAACUUACCCUCUUUUGUAUUCAAAUAAUUAAUUUUCAAAACCGUAAAAUCUCCGAAAGGUUACACACUUAACCUUGCAACUAAAAAAAGAAGCCAUGUGCUCGAACAUCCGGGUAACUAAAACAAAACACGUCUUGUUUUCAUUUUGUUCAUGCAAAAAACUCGCCGCGUCCAGUCCUGUUUAAGGGUAUAAAAGAGCAGCUUAUGAUAAGACGACUUCAAAGGCCUUUGCUUAAUAUUUUCGUGGCCUCUCGAUAAGCCAAAUAACUUUACCAACAAAAAGCUCUCUCUUUUUGAAACAUCCACUUGCACUUUUGUAUCGUAAUCAAUCCACAUGUCUGAGAGAAACUACUUCGCAUCAUAUUAGAAUAGGCGCCAAUAUACUGAUACAUUAUUGGCGCCACAAAUUCGCAAUUAGAUAUGGAGGUACAAUACAUUCACAGCUAUUAUGCAUAGUGAAACUACUGUAAGUGUAAACAAACCUUCUUCUAAGUUUAUUUGGUGCAAGUUAA